AAUUGGAGAGCAAAGAGACGCCCGGAGCUUAUAGAAGCUUACGCAAUGGCACGGCUUGCUUGGUGCCUCGUACGAGAAGGAUAGACAGAAGAGGAGUGGGGCUUGGUGGUAUGGAGUGACGAGUGUUCUAUAGAGCGGGGGCGGGGUAAAAGGGGGGAAUAGUGCUUUCGUAUACCGGAGCAAAAGUGGCACAAGGAGAUGGUUCAAACCUAUAGUACGGGCAAGAAUAUAAAGAUUAUGGUCUGGGGAUGCUUUUGGGACUAUGGGAGGUCCAAUUACUAUAUUAUGGACCGUAAUUUUGAGUCGGCAAAGUAUGGGCACUUAGCUAACUCCUACCUGGAGAUUUGCAAUACAGAAGUAGCUCCAAUUUUCUUACGAUUUGACGAUAGUUACUUAUUUAUACAAGAUAAUACUUCUAUAUACCGGGCAUAUAUAGUUCAGGCUUGGUUUGCACUCCAUAGUAUUAUAUAGAUAGCAAAUUAGCUCGUAUACUCCCCUGAUCUCAAUCUAAUUGAGUAUAUCUGGUGGUACCUGAAAACAAGGACCUAUGAGAUGUUCCCAGAGGUAGCGGCAGAUAAAUCAGAGUCAGAGUAUGUAAGACAGAGGCUAGAGUCUUGUAUUCAAGCGGCGUGGGACAUAUUAGAUAAGGGGUUAUUCGAUAAUUUAUAUGCAAGUAUGCCGGCGAGAAUGAAGGCUUGUAUCGCGGCCGAUAGGUGGUAUACUAAAUAU